AAACUGUUCAUUUCCUCUCAAUCUAGACAUAAAGUGCAAGCAAUCUCUUUCACUGAUAGGAAGCAGCACAUCCCCUCCAACAGACUAAGAUAUUUAUGUCGUUUGCCCCGCCUCCUGGACCCCCGCCUCCGGUUGUCCCGGAGGGGUGGAAGGCUCAGUUUGAUGACCGGUAUAAACAAUGGUUUUUUGUAAAUCUGCACACUGGCAAGUCCCAAUGGGAACCUCCCGAAGGACCAGCACAAGAGGGGCUGCAUGCGCCGCGUAGCGAGGCUCCCCCAUCAUAUGAAGAAUCAGGGCCUUCGAACCCAUCUGCACUACAUGGUACGAAUGAAAAGAAAAGCCUGGGCUCGAAUAAUCCGUAUAACCAGGCUGGUGCCGGAAGCAGUUCACUGGACAGCGAUGCCCGGCUAGCUGCGCAGUUACAGGCGGAAGAAGACGCCCGAGCUCAUGUUAGUAGAAGCCCGGGACAGCAAACACAGCUUGGAGCAUCAGCGGAUUACUAUGCAGAAGCUUCACGGCCGCAGUCAGUUGGAUAUCAGUCAGCUCCAGCCUCUACGCAGCAAGGCGUCGGCUCGGAACAGAAGAGGAGCAAAGGCUUUCUGAGCAAGUUGAUAGGGAAAGCUUCAAGUGGUGGUGGUACGGGCUAUGGAAGGCCAUCUUCGCAGGUGUCACAGCCAUACGGAUAUCCCCAGAGUGGGUACGGUAUUCAUUCCCAACAACCGGCAGGAUAUGGCUAUCCUCCUUAUCCGGCCCAGCCUGGCUAUUAUCCCGCAGCGGCACAACCAGCGCGGCGUCAUGGUGGCGGUAUGGGGACCGCGGGGGCUGCGGCGUUAGGUGUAGGUGGCGGUUUGCUCGGGGGUGCCUUGCUUGCGGAAGCUCUAGAUGAUCAUCAUGAUUACAACGAUUACGGUCCAGGAGGCUAUGAUGACUUUGACGGCGGUGACUUCGGUGAUUUUUGAAGGGUUAACGUUCUCUACAUGAUAGCCCCCGUGUAGAGGAACUCUCCAUCGGCGAUUUCCUGUUCAAUUUGUCCCACUUGUUUUUCAUCAAUGAACGGCCCCGGCUCGGGUCUCAUUGAGGGGCUAGGCGGCGAGAUGUACUAUUAUGGUGAAUAGCUUGGCUGAAUGAUUGCCACGAUAGUCGCGUUUCUGGUUUGUCAAGGCUUUUAGGAUUUAUGGCGUGUAUUCGCACAAUUAUUUCUGGGUUUGUUUUAUUAGGUUAUGGCUGAAUACCGAUAAGAUACAAUUAAUGCC